AUGGCGGUACAUGCUUUUGACAGCUCUCACGACGAUUUAAUACACGACGUUUCCUAUGACUUUUAUGGUAAACGUCUUGCAACCUGCUCUUCAGACCAAAAACUUAAAGUAUGGGAAUUUAAUCAAGAUACUAGUGGUUGGGAACUUGUUGACUCUUGGAAAGCGCACGAAUGCUCGGUUCUAAAAGUUUCUUGGGCGCAUCCCGAAUUUGGUCAAGUAAUUGCAUCCUGUUCUUUUGACCGUUCCGUACGUAUCUGGGAAGAACAAGAACAUGAGCCAAAAAAUAGUGGUAAACGAUGGGUGUUAAGGGGGAAUUUGGUAGACAGUAGCGGAUCUGUAAAAGAUAUUGAAUUUGCGCCCAAUAAUUGGGGACUGAAAUUAGAAGUAGAUAUUACUAGCCCUGGAACCGUUAAUAAAGAAGUUGAUGGAAACUAUUGCCUUUCUUGGUGUCCCUGGAAACCACAAGUAUCACCAAUGAUCGUUGUUGGUUGUGGAAAAGAGAAUUGUGCCAAAAUUUUCAGACCAAAUCCACAUAACAAAUGGAUACCAUUUGAAGUCCUUCAUGGACAUGAUGAUGUUAUUCAUGAUGUUAGUUGGGCGCCUAAUAUGGGAAGGAGUUAUCACCUCAUCGCAACCGCAUCAAAAGAUCAUAAAGUUGGAAUUUUUAAAUUAUCAAACAAACCGGAUGGUUAUUCCGUAGAAAAUAUCGCCAUGCUUUCUGAUCAUGGUGUUGAGGUUUGGAAAGUCGAAUGGAAUAUAACUGGUACUAUUCUAUCUUCAUCCGGAGAUGAUGGAAAGGUUAGAUUGUGGAAAUCCUCUCACAAUGGUGAAUGGAAAUGUAUGAGUGUUAUUAGUUACGAGCGACAAACCGACA